AUGGGAAACAAGCCCACCAUUCAGGACGCAUUCACCUAUCAGGCAAAGUUCAAAUAUAGGAAAGCGAAAUGGGAGGAAUCCCGUAAGUUGAUUAUACAUAGUAUCAGAGAAGAGCAUAACGAUGGAGAAAAGAUUCAUAAAAAAAAUAAAAAAAUAACGGAAUUCAUUAUGAAGACAAUUAAAAGAAAUAAAAGAAAGAAACAAAGCCAAGUAUGGUUACAAGCCUACGACAGCGUGAAAACCAUGAUCAAAGAUGUGAAAGAAAGAAUAUGGAAAGAAAAAGACUAUGUACAACGGAGAGGCGAAAAGCAAACGCAUUUGUACAGAAAUUUGCAAUCGGAUGAACUAGUGACAAAGACAUUCGCAGAAUUAAAGUUUAAACAACCACGAAACUGCAAAGUUUGA